AUGGCGCUACCGGCGUAUAGCGGAACCACACAGGCGGGCAAUGCUUUUAGCACCUGGAAUGAUUAUUUGGUACUCUCAGCUCUCAUUAUCAGAGGCUUGAAGGUGUCUGAGCCCCGGGAGGCUGACAAGAUGCUGCCAGUGUCUCCUACAUGGAGCUGUUUCCUCUCCGCCCCCUCGGAGCCCGAGCAGCCUGCUGUGAGCCAUGGGAAGCAGGGCUGUGCUUUCUGCAAAAAUAACCGGGAAUCUGCCGCAUUCUACAGCACACACCGCCUAAAAGGACAGGAUGGCCGAGUCCAGUGUCCGGUGCUGCGAGGAUACACCUGUCCUCAGUGCGGAGCCAGUGGUGAUCACGCUCAUACCGUGCGAUACUGCCCCCAGCGGAUGCUUAUGCCAAUACACGGACUGUCCUAUUCCUUGCUGGUAAAUGUUGCGGCUAAACUCAGCGGAUUCAUCAUCCUCAUUUGUCUGAAAAGCUAA